AUGAAGUUCUCUCAGGCACUCGUCGCCUCUUGGGCUACCCUCGCUCUUUCAGCUCCGGUGCUGCAUCCGGGGGCUACUACUACUGGCGGAGGCCUGGAGUCUCCCGCCGUCAGCGAGGUCAACAAUGGUCUUGACCCGGCCGAGGGCGAGGUCAAACCCCCUACUAUCAACGUCGACGACAACGACAAAGACAAGGACAACGAGGUCGAUGGAGAGCAGGGCGUGGUGGAUGAGGACUCUUGCGAGAUCCUGCCCGAGGGCGAUGAUGCUGGCGGAAAGGGACCCGAGUCGCAGAUCUCGGGUUCUGCUACUCUUCCUUCCACGCCCGAGGCCACGCAGUCCGGCACCUCGGCCAGCGAAGAGGAGGAGGGAGAUGAGUGCCCCGUCGAGGAGGCAUCGGCCGGCGGAAGCGGUGCUGAGACUGCCUCUACCGGCGAGGGUUCGAGCACUCCCGCAGAGGUCCCCGCCGAGGGUACUGACAAGCCUGACGGCCCUGCCUCUGCCGGCGCGUCUCCUGAAGGUGACGACGAGGAUGCGUGUGAGGCCGACGAGCAGUCUGAAGGCCCGGAAGCGAGCACCACCGACGACGAUAUGACGGGCGAUGCCGACAAUGAGGACGAUGAGUGUGACGCCGAAGAUGGCGGUGACACCACUGGCGAGGGACCCAUCCCCGCUGGCACCAACGAAGGCGAGACUCCCGGCCCUGCCCCUCCCUCUGGUUCCACGACUCCCGGACAGGAGAGCCCGGAGGGCCCCGGAGGCGCUCCCCCCACCCAAGAGGGCGGCAACUCUUCUCCUCCCACGGCCCCUGGCAACCAGGGUGAGCCUCCCGCCGGUUCUCCCCCCUCGGGCAAGCCUGUGCCCGGCGAGGGUUCCAACGGCUCCGGUGGUGACGCUGCGCAACCCCCGAGCGGACAAGGCUCUUCUACUGGAACCGAGACCAACGUGAACGUUGACGUCUCUACCUCAUCUGAGCAGGGCAACGGAGGUAGCGGCCCCCAGAGUCCUCCCACCCCAGGCAACCCUGGCAAGGAGAACACCCCUGAGAACUCCGGCGAUGUUCCUUCCACCACCGGCACUUCCACUGAGGACAAGCCUCUUCGGGGUGACCAGCCUGAGAUCCCCAAUGGGCCCUCCACCCCGACCAAGCCCGUCCACAAUGGGCCUGAGAUGGACGACGAGGUUCCUUCGGCCCCUCCCGGCGCUGACUCGCCCGCUUCGAACGAAGCCGGCAGCGGGACCAACAUCAACGUGAACGUCACCGGCUCGGUUACCAGCGAGCAGGAGGGAAACAACUCUCCCGGUGCUGGAGGCUCUUCGAACACUCCUGGAAACGGCCCGUCCCCUUCGCAGGUCCCUGGCCAGGGCGACAACGCCGCGCCUCCCAGCGGAUCGUCUCCUGGCGGUGACAUGCCCACCGGCUCGUCCACGUCCACCCCCGAGGCGCCGGGCGCCGAAGGCGAGACCCCGGCCGGUGGCUCCACUCCGCCCGGCAACAAGCCUUCCGGUCCCCCUACCACCGGCUCUUCCACCACUCCUGAGGCCCCUGGCAGCGAGGGCGGCGAGACACCCGUGCCUGGCACGGUCGGCACUGAGACGCCCAGCGGCCCUACUGGCGGCGAGCAGCCUCCCUCCGGCCCGCCUACCAGCACUGGAGGCGAGACGUCGACCCCUGAGGGUGAGGAGGAUGAGUGCCCUGCUGAUGAGGAGAAUGAGGUGGACGCUGGCGAGGAGGAUGAGUGCCCUGCUGAGGAGGGCGACGAGGUGCCGGGUGCUGGCACCACCACCGGCACCAACACGAGCGAAACCGCCGAGGAGGGAGAUGAGUGCCCCGCGGAUGAGGACGUCGAGGGGGGCAGCAGCUCUGCUACUCCCACCGGCGACGAGUCCGCCGCGACUCCCUCCGCGUCGGCCGACGCUGGAAGCACCACCGAGGCGACCCAGUCCAGCGCCGAGGGCGAGGAGGGGGACGAUGAGUGCCCCGCCGACGAGGAUAACGAGAUUGACUCGGAGCUCUCCUCAGAGAGCGCCUAG